AUAUAUAAUAAGUGAAUAUAUAUCACAAACAAAGAAAAAUCGAAGGCAUGUCUGGUGGUCCAGCAAUAACUCUGAAGAGCCAACCAAUCGAUGGAAGUAAUAGCAAUAGUGGCAAUGCAGCUGCCCAACAGCAGCAGCAGCAACAGCAAUCUGGGAACGGAUCCGCGGCAGCCGCCGCAUCCGCAUCAUCAUCAUCGUCCCAGCAGAGUUCAGCAGCUGGAUCAAGUGUGCCACCAGCCCAGGAGGGCACCCGCCAGAAUAGCUUGCAGCGCAUCCAGCAGCGAAAGCAGAAGGUAUUCAAUCUGCCGGAGGCACAGAAAUUCGCCAAGCUCUCCAUGUACUCUGCGUGCCAAGCGGAGGGUUGUCGAUGCACUGGCUGGAAGACGCCACAGGAGAACAGGCAUCGCGAUGUUGAAUCCUCGUACUGCCCGGAAUUGAGUGAGGAGUGUCGCAAUGCCAGUUGUCGCCAUCCGUUGCGUUCCCACAUAGCUCAUAUGGCUCAAAUCUCCAGGACAAGUAUGGAUGAACUGUUGGGCGCCAUCAUUGACAUGGAAAACUUGUUUAUGUCCAUGCAACGUGUCGAGGACGAUGACACCAAGAAGGUGUAUUUGUAUCUGUUUAGGUUGCUGCGUCAAUGCGUCCUAACACGCACUCAGGCUGUAAUUCGCGGCCCGCUCGGCGAUCCUCCGUUUGAGUCGCCGUGCAUAACGAAGGCUGUGUUAUCCUUGGUCUUCUAUAAGUACCAUCACUUGAGUUCGACUGAACUGCAAACGAUGACGGAGGUCGCCAAAACGUUUCUGAAUUUCCUCAAUCAUUACAAUUUUGAGUCGCCAUCGGCGCGACGCGGUGAUUUGACAUUGACGCACGAGGAUGCGUCCACCUACAAGAUCAACUAUACACGCUGGCUGGUCUUCUGCCAUGUGCCUGCCUUUUGCAACUCGCUGCGCCAAUUUGAGACAUCGCUUGUCUUUGGACGAACCCUUCUCCGCACCGUAUUUCAGUACAUGUCGCAGCAGCUGAAAAAGAAGUGCAUUUCGGAACGUGAUCGCUUUCCGGAGGACAAACGUUCGAUAAUUACGCAAAUGCCAAAGUUCUUGGAGGCACUGCGCUCGGAGCUGCUGAAAGAUGAUUCACCCAUUUGGGAUCCAAACUACAGGCCACCCAAUUCGUUUGUCAUGCAGCAACGGAAGCGGCAUCAGGAGUUGCCACCGACAUCAACAAUCACAUCGGCCAGCUCAACGUCCACGUCGGCAGCCAGCAGUGGUAAACGCUCCAGCGUCGGAGAACCACUUCAGAAGAGGAUCAAAAAAGAAAUGCCCGAACGAAGCAUCAGCACUGAAAAUCAAGAUGAUCUGCCAGCCGAUGUGGUAACGCGUGCCAUGAAAGCCGUAGCCGAAUCUAAGACAACAAACAAAUCGGAAAUUCUAUUUCCGGUAAAUGUGUCGCGCGAUGAGAAUGUUAAAGCUGAGGAGCAGAAACGGGCCAUCGAGUUUCAUGUGGUGGGCAAUGCGGUGACAAAGCCCGUGGGCAAGCAGACAAUCCUAUGGCUACUAGGAUUACAGCUGGUGUUUGCGCAUCAGCUGCCGGAGAUGCCGCGGGAAUAUAUCAGUCAGCUGGUUUUCGAUACCAAGCAUAAAACGCUGGCACUCAUCAAGGAGAAUCAGCCAAUUGGGGGCAUUUGCUUUCGCCCAUUUCCAACGCAGGGCUUCACAGAGAUCGUUUUCUGUGCAGUGACAAUGGCGGAGCAGGUGAAGGGAUAUGGAACUCAUCUGAUGAAUCACUUGAAGGAUUACAGCAUUCAGCGUGGCAUUAAGCAUUUGCUUACGUUUGCCGAUUGUGAUGCCAUUGGGUAUUUCAAGAAGCAGGGAUUUUCCAAGGACAUCAAAUUGGCACGACCCGUCUAUGCUGGCUACAUCAAGGAGUAUGAUAGUGCCACCCUGAUGCACUGUGAACUGCAUCCAAGUAUUGUGAACACUCAGUUUAUAGCCGUGAUUCGCCAUCAAAGUGAAAUCCUGAAGGAGCUCAUUGCACAACGUCAUAAUGAUGUCCAGAAAGUCAGGCCUGGCCUAACAUGCUUCAAGGAAGGUGUGCCCUCCAUCCCAGUUGAGUCCAUACCGGGCCUGAGGGAAAUCGGUUGGAAGCCACAAAUGCGUCCAGUGCGCGCAUCUCGUCCCCUGGAAGAGUCAUCAGAUCCGGAAAAACUUGUCACAUCCUUUGCAUCAGUAUUGCAAUCGGUGCGUCAGCAUACCACGGCUUGGCCAUUUUUACGGCCGGUGCCGGCAAACGAGGUGCCCGACUACUAUGAUCAUAUCAAAUUUCCCAUGGACUUGAAAACGAUGGGCGAGCGCCUAAAGAAGGGUUAUUAUCAGACACGCCGCCUGUUCAUGGCAGAUAUGGCACGGAUUUUCAGUAAUUGUCGGUUCUACAAUUCACCCGACACGGAGUAUUAUCGUUGCGCCAAUUCGCUGGAGCGUUAUUUCCAAACCAAAAUGCGUGAACUGGGCUUAUGGGACAAAUGAUGUGAUGAAGAAUAAAAUUGUUAGAUCUUAUCAUAUA